UUUCACACACAAUUCAAAAUAUUGUUCAAGUGCUAGAAAGAACAGAUUUUUCCUUGUAUUUCAUAUUAUCUUUUGCAAUGGCUUCCUCUAGAAUUGUGAAAGCAAUGUGCUUGGUGCUGAUCGCGGUUUCCCUGGUGGCACCGCUGGCUGAGGCGGGAAUCACAUGCGGCACGGUUGUGAGUAGCCUGAGACCAUGCCUCCGCUAUGUGCAGGGUAGCAGUCCUACAGUGCCGGAUGGCUGCUGCAGUGGAAUUAAUUCUCUCUACAACUCAGCCAAAACCACUCCGGACCGUCAGUCUGUGUGCUCCUGCCUGAAAUCUCUCGCUGGAUCUUACAAGGGUAUCGACUAUGGCAAGGCCGGUGGCCUCCCUGGAAAAUGUGGUGUCAAUAUCCCCUACAAGAUCGCCCCUUCCACUGAUUGCUCCAAGGUGCAGUAAUUUCAUCGCGAAUGCAGUUUUCUGCAGCAGCUUAUAUAUGAUAUGUACGUUUAUGAACUAUAUGAAUGAAUAAAGAGAGUUUUUGUAUUGUCUGCAGAAUGGACUCUCUUUCUGCAUUAUUAAUCCGAUUAUGAGUAUUUUAUCUCAAUUUAGAUA